CAGGCUACUACUACAAAAGCUACAAGAGUUUGUUUUAGCAGUUAAAAAACAAUGGCUCAGAGAAAACACGUUAUUAUGUCUGUUCACGAUCCUCUCUGUAACUCCGAACCGGAUCUCAAUCCCGCCGGCGGCCACCGGAGACACAAUACACCAUCGAAAAAGGUCAUUUUGAGGGAUGGGAGAUCUCUUUCGUACAUAGAAAAAGGCGUCCCAAAAGAAGAGUCCAAAUACAAAGUAAUAGUUGUUCAUGGCUUCGACAGCUCCAAAGAUAUGAACUUUGUUGCACCCGAGGACUUAAUGAAGGAGCUGGGGGUGUACUUAGUUCUAUAUGACCGGGCCGGAUAUGGAGAGAGUGACCCGAACCCUAACCGAACCCAAACCAGUGAAGCAUCGGACAUUGAGGAAUUAGCGGAUCGGAUAAAGAUCGGGCCAAAGUUUUAUUUGAUUAGCAACUCGAUGGGCUCAUACCCGACGUGGGGUUGCCUGAAACGGAUACCGAAUAGGCUUUUAGGAGUGGCGAUGGUGGUUCCUCCAGUAAACUAUCAGUGGCCAUCGAUGCCGGACAUUCUGAGCAAGAAAGACGGGAGAAGGAGGAUCUACCGAGCCAUGAUCUUGAUCGGAAAAUAUGCUCCGUGGCUGGGUCACUGGUGGGCUGCCCGAAACCCAUCUAGAAAUGAUAAGAAUUAUAGUGACCGGGACCGAGAUCUUAUUAAGAAUGCUCCUAAUGGCCAUCAUUCCCCCACUAUGGAAAAGCUGAAGGACAAAAGUGUGUUCAAUAAUUUGAGCUCGGAUUUCCGUGCAUCAUUUAGUAAAUGGGACUUUGAUCCAUUGGAGAUGAAAGAUCCAUUUCCAGAAAAGAAAGGUUGGAUGCAGAUAUGGCAGGGUUGCCAAGACAAAUUCAUAAACGUGGAAUUACAGAGAUAUGUAUCGAGAAGACUGCCUUGGGUCCGAUACUAUGAAGUCCCUGAUGGAGGACAUUGCCUUGUCUAUGAUGUUGCUAUUUGUGAAUCCAUUUUUAGAGCUCUUUUGCUUGGAGAUGAUCCUCACAAGUUUCGCCCUUUUUAAUGUCUAAAAAUGUAGCUUUCAAAUAAAGUCAAGAGGAAAUAUGACUAAAACGCUAUAGCUAAAUGAUCAUAUCCAGCUGGCCAUGUUAUCCAAUUCAAACCAUGAACUAAUGUUUGUGAUUUAUUCUCAUUAAGUUCCAACUUCCCAAUUUUGAUAAUACUAUACUCCAUCAUAUUCGGAAAAGAAUCCUUUCACACCCUUGUUGUGAGAUGAAAUUAAUUAAUUGACCGCUCGUUUCAUCGACGCUUGGGAGUCCCGAUUUUGCUAGUGCUACUCCUGGUGUGAAGAUCGAAUCAAGGAAGGCCUGGGUCUUGGAGGUUGGUGUCGCAGAUCGAGAACUUUUCAUAGGGUUGAAGCGCGGUCCCAAUUCCCUUCUAGAUCGUGAUUCCAGUAAGGCUUGUGUGAUCUCAAGCCUGUGGUAGACUGUUCGCAUCUCGGAGGUUUUUGGGCGAAUCUCAAUUGCAACACAGGGGAGAUGAUAGGGAUCUGGAGACUAUUCGUAUUUGGACAGUCUGUGCUUGUGUGGUAUUUUGGCCAAGAGACGGAGGCGAAUUAUGGACAGAUCAGGGUGCUGAAUGAAGAAGAUCAAGGGAUGAAGAUCUGCCCACCUCCUGAACUGCCGCCAGGCUGGAAAUGGGUGACUUGGGGUCGGAACACCACGCUGGAAGAUUGGGUUCAGCUGCUCAAUACGUUUAUCCUGCUUAAAUUCGUUCUCCCCAUUUUUAGUCUGUUUACUAAGAAAUUCGGUACUAUCGUCUUGUUUUUUUGUUUUUGCUUAUGGUAAUAGGUUUUUUACAUUGAUUGAGGGUUCGGCUAGACUUGAUAUUGCUAGUGGGGGACAAAUCUAUUUGUUCAGCUAUAGCUGCAUUAAGCUCAUCUGGUGAUUAGCGAUUCGUAUUGCUCCUUUAGGGGAGGUCAUCUCUAUGUCUAAUCGUAAGGUUAAAAGUACCAGUUGGAAGGUGAAGGUUGGUGUCAGUUCUGAUAAUGUUAAGUUUGAUGUAACGAUCCUGAUUCUAAUGAUAUCAAUAUAGUCAUUUUUCUUUAAAAAA